GCAUCCGCGACCGUGACACUGGACCACGUCGAAUCGAAUCGGUCGGUGUGCACAUCACACACAUACACGAGUCGUCCGGGCCGCAAAACGUUUCGCCAAACACUCGACGCGCACCAGACAGACCGACCGACAGACAGACGGACGGACAGACGGACAAUAGCUCGUCCCGUAAGCGCACAACACUUGCACCGCACAGCAGUACAAAAUGAUUGCCGGCCACCGAAUGUGCCUGUUGACGCUGGUCGUCCUCCUGGCGGCCACGCAGACCCUGCAGGCAGCCACCCCGAAGCCCGACAGGGGACAGGUCCGGUUCACCGACAACCAACACAUCCCUGUCCGGCCGAAAGCAGCCGUCGCCGAACCGGCCAAGACGAAGUCUUCGUCACCGACCAAGUCUAAAAAGCCGUCGGUACCCGCGCCAGCGGACGCCAAGAAAAAGACGCCCGUCAAGCCUUCCGUCGCCGCCGCGGCCGCAGCUGUCAAGAAAUCUUCGAAACCAGUUCAAGACAAACAGAGAAGUGAGUUUGAUGAAUAUAUGCGUCAACAAAUUCAACAAUGGCAAAUUGCAGUUGUAAAUGGUCAACAAGUAUCACCACCUGCAGGAUCACAACCUUCCGGACAACCACCAUCUAGUGUAUGGAUCCAGGUCCCAGCUAACGGAUAUUACCCUCCACCGUCAUACCCAUACCCGUCAUACCCUCCUCAGCAAUACCCACAACCAUCUUACCCGCCUCCUUCUUACCCACAACCAUCUUAUCCGCCACCAUCAUAUCCACCCCCGUCUUAUCCACCACCAUCUUAUCCACCACCAUCAUAUCCACCACCUGCAUACCCUCAACCAUCACCAUAUCCCCAACCGUCUCCGUAUCCUCAACCUUCACCAUACCCACAACAACCAUUGUAUCCACCACAACCUGCCCCGAGUCCAGUUUCUGAGGAGCAAGAAUUAUCUACUUCUGCACCAUCAGAGGGAAACCCAUCACAACCGGAAACACCUGGAGAAGCAACUUCUCAACCAGAAUACCCAUCUUCACCAGCACCAGAAUAUCCAUCCCCACCAGCACCAGAAUAUCCAUCUCCGCCAGCACCAGAAUACCCAUCAUCUACGUUAGCUCCAGAAUACCCACCAUCUACUUCAGCACCAGAAUACCCACCAUCUACACCAGCACCAGAGUACCCACCGUCUACGCCAGCACCAGAGCCGGGAACUCCACCACCAGGAGUUUCUGAACCUGAAAUUCCAGAAAUCACUCAAGCUCCGGAGUAUAUUACUUCCAAACCAGAAGCCUCUACAGAUCUACCAGAAGUGAUCCCGACAUAUCCUGAAACACAACAACCCGAGCAGCCAGGAGUACCUUUAUAUCCUGGUCAACCAGGAGAAGUACCAACCACCGUGCAACCAGAAACUUCAUCUGAAACUUCCACUGAUCAACCAACUUAUCCGGGAAAACCUAGUUCUGAAGCACCUGAAGAAGAACCAGAAGUCACUACUAGUCCAGGAUCCACAUACUCUCCAGAUCCUGAUUCUCCUUCACCGACUGGACCACCAUCGACAGACGCAUUAAAAGCUCAAUGUAAGGAACCCAGAGGACAAUUCCCGAGUGAAAGUUCUUGCAACAAGUUCAUAAACUGUUGGGAUGAAACUGCAGUCGAACAGACGUGUCCCGCAGGAUUGGUAUUUAACCCAGACAAACGAUACUGUGACUAUCCGGCAAAUGUAGAUUGUGGCUCUAAGCCUAUAACAGUGGGGACUGAAAACGGCAAUAACACAAAAUGUCCAGACGGUUACGGAACGUACCGUAGUAAGGAAAAUUGCGGAGCUUUCUAUGUCUGUGUAGCUGGAUCUCCAGUAGAUUUUGUUUGCCCCGGUGGAACAAAUUACAACGAAGAUUUGAAAAUCUGUGACUAUCCAUACCGUGUGAACUGCAACGGAUUGCCGAGCAACCCUGAACCAAUUGAAACGGCUACUGAAACCGAAGUCAACACCACAUAUGCCCCCGAAGUAUCGUCCACUACUCCAUAUGUUCCGCUGUCUUCGGCUGAGUCUUCACCAGCUACUGAAAUCGUUCCGACAUCGUCGACGUCCACCGCUGUUGCCCCAGUCGCCGACCCAAUAGCCAUUUACAAUUACAACUUAAGAAAAAUACCACCAAGCAUGGUAAAUACCGGCGUGCGUUGUAGUCACAAGAGUAUUUACCGACUUACACCAGACUGUUCUUCGGUGACCCUCUGCCGCAACGGAUUCACUAACAUCCUCAACUGUGGACAUGCUACCAGCUACGAUAUAGUCAGCCAAAAGUGUUUGCCAAGUCAAAGAGCAAACUGCGGACGAUCAGCCUAGAUGCACAGUAAUUGAUGAUAAGUAAAUGGAGACUCGACCAUUGAAAAAAUAAACAACCCAAAAACAAACAAGAAUUGUAUCUGUCUGUAUUGUUCAAUCAACAUUAUUAUUAAGUUAUUUAUUAUGAAAUGCGUAAUGUAAUUCUCAUUUCUCAUAUAAUUUUUUGUGCCCUUUUG